GUACUUUUUAGUUUUGACACAUUUUUUUUUUCAAAACAAGGGACGAUAACUAAGAAGAAAUCUAACCGGUACAAGAAAAAUUAAAAGAGAAUUUGAAUCACAAUUAUGGCAGAGUCCAAAAAAGAACCAGCCAGUUUAAUUGGUUGUGAUGAAAAAAAGCGAGAUAGACCUGCUACUUCAGCUAAUAAUGCUAAAGAUGAAAGAAAUGCUUCCAACAAUUCCUCUGCUGUUAAAAAGAAACAAAAUGAGACAUCAAAAUGUAUGAAAUCCAGUCCUAGCACAAUAAAUGCUGAAAGGUGCAAAUCUUCUGCACGGAGCCAGUCAGCAAGACGAACAGAGCUUUUGGAAGAUCAAAGAGGAGAUGCUUAUGUUUAUAAUGAGAACACACAGACAUUUCUAAAUUUCUUGACUAAAAACAAUGUUGAUGUCAGAGAUGUCAAAUCCAAAGUCUUUAAAAACCAGCUCAUGUUAUCUGAAACUAUGGAAGAAGUUCCAUCUAGUUUUGCCAAAAACUGGCUUAUGUUGGUGUGUCCUGCAGGAUCUCGCUGCUUGGUUGUAGCCAGACGGGGCUACACUGGUGCAUAUACAAGAACUGGUUAUCACAUCAUUAGUCAUUCUUCUAAUCUGCCUAUGGGAAAUAAAAUGUUUCAAGGUUUUGGAGCCUGUAUUUUGGACUGUAUCUACUGUAAUGAAACACAAACCUACUAUGUUUUGGACUUAAUGUGUUGGGAUGGACAAUCUUACUAUGAGUAUCCAACUCAGACAAGAUUGAAAUUUUUACAAGACAAAGUUUGGGAAUAUGAUCUUAGUCAUCCAUCUGAAAUGAAUCCAUAUCCAUUUGUGCCCUUGAAAACCUUCACACCAACAAAGACUAAUAUAAGAUCUUCAGUAAUGGCUGCUCCAUAUCUUAUUGAUGGUCUACUGUUUAUCUACAAACAUGCCACCUAUCAACCAGGAAACUCACCAUUUGUUUUAUGGUUAACUUUAGAUCAUCUCCCUUCCAAGCUAAAGAUUGAAAUUCCAGAAAUGGGAAUAAUUACUGCAGUGAGCUACAAGGACCCAGUUUCUCUGGCACUAGUCCAUGGUGUUAGUCCAGCUAUUAUAUCACAAGUAUAUCCUGCAUAUUCUAGAGGAUACCCUCCAUUUUCACCCCUUGGAAAUAAAGCUGGUCACCAGUAUUAUCCAGAGCAUCCAAUAUUUGUGAAACACUUGAAUCAAGAAAGUCAGAUGCUGGAUCAUCCAAUGGCUGGCUUUAAGCAGGGCUAUUUCAGUCAUAAACCUCGACAACCCACUGGACCAAUACAGGAUGACUUAGUCUAUUUAUCUGAUAAGAUGAUGAACUGCAAGAUUAGUCAUGGACGUCAGCGACCAUCUUCUCAGUAUGACCAUCACAUGGCAUCUUUCAGGGCUCCAUUUUAUGACAACAUCAGCAACAACAAUAUGUUCAAACAUAAUCAUUUUGAUUUCCAAAUGGAUUACUUGGAUUGGAACUCUUUUGAAGAGAGAAGUUACUUAUCAGAUACCUUGCCUGACCAACAGAUGAAGAGUAAAGAUCAUAACACAUUGAAAUUAAAUUGGGAUGAACCCCAUAAAGUGAUGAACUCUCAAUGGAUGAUGAUAAAACCAGAGAAUUUUGAGUGCAACUAUUUGGCUUGCAUUUGUCCAGUGGCUAAAAGAAGGAUUUUGGUUGCAGCUAAUGGCUCAACUUGUACGUACAACAAAUAUGGAAAAUUGAUAGAGAGCUUCACUUCUUCUCUCCCUUGUGGCAAUCCAUCGCAGUAUAUGAAAAAUAGUGCAGAAAUGGUCAUUCUGGACUGCUUAUGGUCUGGCGCAUUGCAAAAGUUCUAUGUUAUUGAUCUGUUAUAUUGGCGUCAACAUUCACUUUAUGAAUCUGAGGCAGAAUUUCGAUUCUUUUGGCUAACAGACCUACUAUCUAAUGUGAUUAUCAAAUCAGGAAAAAAAGAAUACUCAUUAGAGGUGUUACCUAAGUACAGUUGCACACAAGAAGACAUCUUGGCAGCUCUCUGUAAAACUGAAUAUAAGGUGGAUGGUUUACUAUUUUUUGACAAGACUGGCAACUACUCCCUGACUUCUUCCUGCAAUGCUUUGUGGCUUAAACCUGACAUGCUGGAAGAAGUGUUGGGCUAUCCUUGCCCUUCAAAUGUCUUGUUCAAAGCCACCACAACCAAAGAAUGGAAACAAAGGAAUUAUUUUAACAGUUCAAAUGCUUAAAUGUUUCUUUGCCUGAAGUUUGUGAUCUUAGUCAUGUUAUUUAUUUUAAAAUUAAAUUCUGGACAGUUUAUUGUUCUCAACAGGGCAUCCUGUCAUGUACAUUUAAAACUUUAGUCAUUUCAAUUUAUUUAAACUGGCAUCUAUUGAUGUACAUUGAGCAGUUAAGUUGUAUCUACUCUCUUUAACUCAUUUUGCCCUCAAAGUUUGUAGACAAAACCGUUUUUUAUUUACAAAGUACAGUAAGUUCUGUGACUUUCACAUAGAUAGUUAUCUCACAUUACUGCUUUCAACUUUUUUGCAUAAAAAAAAAAUAGAAGGACUACAGUGUCAAUAAUUGAAGAAAAUGAGUUUAGGAACUUUUGAUCAUUCCAAUCAACCAAAAUACAUGUACUAGUGCUUCUUCAAUGAUUCAAAAACAUUCUUUCUAGUUUUGUUUGUCUUGAAAUCAAGAUUUUCUUUUAACAGAACUUGUUUUAGUAUUUUUAUAUAUUAAACUGAAGAUUUGAAAUCUGACAAAAAUGAAAGUAUUAUUUUGUAUGUUUUACUAGUCAGACCUUACAAAGAGGCAUGUUUUAUUUGUGUUUGUCUAUUUUGUGAUGAUCUGCUUACAAUUUAAUUUGUCUCUAAACAUAAUGAUUUCUGAGAUUAACAUGUCAGUUUUCUGUUAUGCUCUUGAUAUUCUAUUUAUCAACUUAAUAUUUCAUGGUGAUCUGUGAUAUUACUUCAGACCUGGGAAAAGAUUUGUGAAUGAUUUUAUUACAGACUUAUCUAGAACAACUGAACUAGAUGGUGCUCAUUCAUUUUAACAACAGAUCUAGAUGGUGUUCAUUCAUGUAAACAACUGAACUAGAUGGUGUUCAUUCAUGUUAGAUGGUCAGCAGUUGUUGAUUUUUUUUUCUGUUUUCAUGACUAUUAUUUUUUUUUUUAAUUUUUUUUUUAAAAUUUUAUUUUUAUUACUGGUUACUACUUGUAUAUUGUUACAUUAAACAUCUUUCUUUCUUGUUCAUGAAAUUGAUCUAGUAAGGAACUUCAUACAUUUGGUUGAUUUUGUAAAAUUAAAUAUGCUUACAAAAAUUAAAGUAGUUCAAAUAUUGAGUUAAAAUUUAAUUAUGGCCACAAAACUAGACUGUUAGCUGGCUAGAAGCAAAGUAGGAAAUAGGAUUUCUUGGUGAUUUUUACAUUUCUUGAAUAAUUAAUAAUAAUAUUAAUAAUAUCUUUAUUAUACUAAAGGAAAUUUAUUUUCCAAUAGUGCAACAUCACACAUAAAAUAUUAAAACACUGAAAAAAAAAUUUUCAUUUAUAUUACAAUUCAUUUGGAGUUUACAGGAGAACUUAUUCAGUGUUAUAAGUUAUAGUGAAAAGAAAAAAAACAACAACUGAAUUGAUGAGACAUUGUUUCCUAGCCUACAACUUUAUGCUAUGUUGGUGUUUUUAAAGAUCAAUCCUUCAGUCAAACCUUUAGAAGUUAUGCAUGUACAUUAUUUGAUUUAAAUACUAUUAUUUGCCUUUUUUUUCUUUUAUCUGUAACAGUAAGACCAAAAAAUGCUGCAGGUUUUUGUCUUCUGCUAGACCUAGCUGAUGAGACUGUGCAGACUUUCUAUAUCAUGAUAGUUUUAAGAAAUUAGUUGUCAUCCACCAAUUAAAUGUAAUCAUUAAGUUGCAUGUUGGAUGGUCCGGCUACACCCCAUUAUUUUCUACUCAACUAAUGAACAGUUGGUGCAGAGGUAUGCAGUAACUGAUGGAGCUUGAGAAAACCAAAAAGGAUGAAGUGGGGGAAAUCCAUGUCCUGUCUGUUACCUAGAAAUCUUGGGUCGUCGCAAUACUUAUAGAGAUGUAUAUUGGAUUAUGCAUUUGAUUACCAUUUAAUUGAGAUUUAUUCUGGUUUCUUAUUUUAAAUUACAAGUUGUUCCCCUGUUUUGUUUUAGAUUUCCAAUGCGGUACACUUCUAUGUGACGUUGGGUUCAUUUUUUUAUAUUAACAUUAAGUAAGAUAUUUUGGAUCGUUGAAUCAUUUCUUUGAUUUUAAUAACAGCUGUUGUAUAUUCCUAUUUGAUCAUACUUGGCUUGCCAUUGUUAAGUGUAUACACCAACAUUCACUUUUAUUUUCACACCCCAAAAUUGUUUUCAUUGUUGAUUGAAUACUUUGUCAUAGUUUUCAUUUUUUCUUCUUUUGAUCAAGUUAACUUACUGAACUCUGUGUGUGUGUGUGUGCGUGUGUGUGUGUGGGUUAGUAUUUGAUUUGUUCUUCUUUUGAUCAAGUUAACUUACUGAACUCUGUGUGUGUGUGUGUGCAUGUGUGUGUGGGUUAGUAUUUGAUUUGUAAGGAAUAAAAUUUUGUUUGACCAUUGGACAUUUUUUUAAUUUAAAAAACUUUUUGUUGAUCUUACAAAAGAAAAAAUAAAUUUCUUUUUUAAUAUUCCAAGACAAA